UCCGGCGAAACAUGGGACUGCGCAAGUUAAUCCACCGUCUGGAAGAGCGGGUGGCUGGUGGGAAUGGAAGGAGCACACGGACAUCAGAACAGACAACAGAGACAAACUGGCAGCUGAAGUUCCAGGUGGAGGAACUACAGACGCGCCUGAAGGAUAAAGACAACUCGCUAACACAAGCCAAACAGAAUAUUGCUGUCCUGAAGAAUGAUCUGAGGGACCUGAAACGGCAGCUGCAGAGCCCCCAGAAAAGUCAAAGGACGAUUCCGAAAGUGACUGAGUGUCCGCAGGAUGAGGAGAGCCUGAGCAAUAUUGUGGUGGGAGAGAUCCGCGGGGUCCAGCAGAAUGUUCUUGUUGCAGUUAAAGAGGAAGCUGCUGAAGAUGGAUAUCCAUGUAGUCAGUCAGAUGAGACUGACCUCCCCACAGAGCAGAAUUCCUCCUCAGUUGCAGACAUUAAAGCUGAACUUGAUCAGGAGGAGGAUGAAAUGUCAGACAUGGUCCCAGUCAUCAGUUCUGUGAUGAGCCAAUCCCCUGCAGAUCCAUUGAAGGCUUUGAGAUUGUCGGUGCAAGUGGUCGAGCUCUGCUCAACAGAAGGUCAGCAGGGAACGAGCAGCAAGAACCAUGAAUGUGGAGAAACGCCUGUUGCUGGGGUAGCAGAAAAAGGACCAGAAGUGCAAAUCCCGGCGUUUCUGAGAGAUCACACGCGACACGUUCACACAGAAGACGAGCCGGAAGGACUGGAACAAGUCCAGGAGCAGCAGCUCUCAGGAAGGAGGACCUCCCUCCGCAAGAAUCGUGGCCAACGUGUCACGACGAGCGGUAACGCUGUCGCCGCACACAAGCACACUGACACGGGGGAGAAGCGCCACCAAUGUCCAGAUUGCGGCAAGGCUUUCCAAUAUGUGGGAGGUCUCACAGCGCACCGGCGCGUCCACACAGGGGAGAGGCCGUACGCCUGUGCACAGUACGGGAAGAGUUUUCACGCAGGUGGUGUUCCACAUAUCUCAGACAUGAGGAUUGUGCUGCUGGGAAACAGAUAUGCUGGGAAGAGUUCAUCAGGAAACACCAUCCUGGGCAGACAGGAGUUUGGUACUGCAGGGAGAACAGCUGAGUGUGUGAAGAGAGAAGGAGAAACAGCAGGCAGACACAUCACUGUAGUGGAGGCACCAGGAUGGUGGAUAAACUACACUGUAGAGCAAACUCCUGAACGUGAUAAAGGAGAGAUUGUCCUCAGUGUGUCUCUGUGUCCUCCAGGACCCCAUGCUCUACUCCUGGUCAUUAGUGUGAGUCUGACAUUCACAGAGAUACACAGAAGAGCAGCGCAGGAACACAUGGAGCUUCUGGGUGAAAAAGUCUGGAGUCACACUGUACUGCUGUUCGCCUAUGGGGACUGUCUGGGAGAUACAAGCAUUGAGCAGCACAUUGAGAGUGGAGGAGAGGCUCUGCAGUGGGUUGUAGAGAAAUGUGGGAACAGGUACCAUGUUGUAGACAAUGAGAAGAGUGAUGGUGGCCAGGUGACAGAGCUGCUGGACAAGAUAGAAGAGAUGGUGGCUGUCAGCAGUGGAGAAUGGAGCAUGCAUCAUCCUCCGGAAUUUGGAGAUGGUCAGACUACAGUGAUCACUUCAGGAGACUCUGCCCUGGGCUCUUCUAAAUCAUCUCUUGUGUCCAAGCUGAUGAGGCGCUUUGAGAGUCUCAGCACUGCACCCUCUACCACGUCAUCUGGAUACGCCACAGGCCAAUCAGAGAAGAGUGGAUCUGCUGACAGCUCAUCAUCAAUGGCCUCACACUCCAGAGUGGAAGGGGAGAUCAAGAAAACAACUGCAGGACAGCCAAAGCCAACUUUAGGGGAAGCACAUCGUAGUGCAGGCAGUCAAGGACAAGAUCUGUUUGUUGAUAUUUCUUCAAUAUCUGUGAAUGAGACUGAAUGCAUUGGACGAGGAUCCUUUGGUUCAGUUUACAAAGGAUCGUACCAGGGACAACCUGCUGCAGUGAAGGUCAUACAGAUUGGAGACAAUCAAGUGACCACCAAUGAACUGAUGAUACCCAGGAGUUUAUGUCAUCCCAACAUUGUGCAGAUGAUGGCAUGCUCUAUAAGUGAGACACGGAUCCUAAUUGCUAACGAGUACAUUGAUGGACCAAAUCUACACAAUAUUCUACACCGUGUCACUCCUGUCAAGUUGCAGCAGCAGGACAAACUAUCAGUGGCUCUGGAUAUCUCCAUGGCUGUGGAGUACAUACAUGAUAGAGGAGUCAUCCACCAGGACUUGAAGCCAGCUAAUAUAAUGGUUGCCUCAAGCUCCAAGCGGGCCUACCUGACUGACUGGGGUUUGGCAAACAUGAGGGACUCUGUAAUGAUGUCAAGGGCAACGGGACACAUAGGAGCUGUGGGCAGUGUGCUGGGAGGAACUCCACCGUAUAUGGCCAGAGAGUGCUUAGUACAGUGUAGGAAAUGCAGCACCAGCUCAGACAUGUGGUCUCUUGGCAUCACACUUCUUGAGAUGUUCACCAAUUCUAAGCCUUGGCUCAAGACCAGCAUACAAGAGAUACGUGAGCGGCUGUAUGACCAAAAGAGUCCAGAUGCUCUGGCCAAACUACAACCACCUUUUCACGACAUUGUGAAACCACUGCCAAAGAUCUAG